CCCGUUGCCUAGGCGCUCGGUACACGCUACUGCGAGCAGCUGCAACAAAACACUUGGCGUCUGGAGGAUAUGAAAAGAAGCUCGUGCAUAAUACCUGCGAACUAAUGUUAGCCCGCUAGCCAAAGUUAGCGGACUGGACUGUGCUAGGUAAAGUGAUGAAUAGUCCAGAGACUGACGUGAGCGGAGGCAAAUGCUGGAAACCACAAUCUAAACUUUGUUCGCAUAAAAACGCUUGGCUAAUUUGCAUGUGAUGCACGGACUCCAGUGGAGCUGUACUCGGCCAUGGAAAAAGAGGUAUGCUAAGGAGCUGGACGAGCUCACCCUCCGCUUGCAGAGGGACGGUGUGUCCCCUGAGGCUCCAUUAGAGGAGCGUGAGCUGCACCUGUGGCGUUUGCUCCAGCGCAGCGAGGGCAGCCUGACCGCGGCCACUGAAGACCUGCAGACUUUACGCACACAGCAGGCCAGCGAGAUGAGAGAGGUGGAAAAUUACGUGGAGCAUAUUCGAAACAUGUUGGAGGAGCGGGAAUCUCUUACAGCGGAGCACGAACGUGAGAGCGAACAGCUCCGUGCUGAGCUCGCUCUAAUGAAACACCAGCAGGACUCCCAGUGUAAGGAGGUGGUGGAGAUGCUGGAGCAGGAGGGUCUGGCAGAGAUCAGUCAGAGCAGUGCCAGUGAGCAGGUGGCCUAUCUGCUGGUGGAGAGAGUCACUCUGCUGGAGAGACUGGAGGCUGCGGAAAGAAAACUGGACACCCAGACCCUCACUGGCAACCUCAGAGAGGUGCAUCUGCAGGAAGAGCUGGAUCAUAUGCGUCACACAUUGGAAGAUGAACUCGGGCAGCAAAAGGAAAACAUGAAGAAGGAAUCAACAGUUCAAAGUCCUUGGAGGAAGUUCUUUGGUGUACGCAAGGCUACACUAAGAGCACAGAACCUUCCUGGCCACAGUGAAGAGCUCAAUAGAGAACGCACAGAGCGCCAGAGGCUGGAGAGGGAUCUGGAAGAGGCAUCGAGUCGUCUUGCAAUGGCACAUAAAGAGAUUCGCCACCUGACGGAUGAACUAGAUCUCGCUCGUAAGGUCCAAAACUUGUGUGUACCUGACCUGCAGAAAACUGGGGAGGAAGUGGAGCAGUUGAAACAGGAAGUGGACAAGCUUAAACAGUGUGAUAUGGUGGAGCUACAGAAGGCCAAGGAACGCAAUGAAAGACUGGAUAGUGAGAUUCGUGUUCUGAGGGAUAGAGUUCGUUCCCUGGACACAGAGAGAAGGACUCUUCUUAAACAGGUUGAACAAUCGAAGCUGAACUUGGAUCAAGGGAUCAAUGUAACUUUAGAACACAAUAAAAUACACUCUGCACAGGGUGUUGGGAAUAAUGUCAAUCCUGAUCCAUCUCUGGAUGUAGAGGAUGAGAUACUUCACAAAAGGUGUCGGAGAGAGUCUGAAGAUAAGGACAGCCGUCUGCGAGAGCUGGAGAGGAGGUUGCAGAAGCAGCAGCGUGAGCAUGAGGAGCUGGUGGAGAGGAAUGAGGAGCUGGAGGCGCUGCUGGGGGAGGCGCAGAAUGCAGCGAAAGAGGAACGGGAGCGACAUGAGUGUGAGAUAGAGGGGUUACAGAGAAAGAUUAAAAGUAUUGAGGAAGAACUAAGUAAGAGAAAUAGUAAGAAACUCGAGAAGAAAGAAGAAGAUCAGGUUCGUGGGACUGACUCUGAGCUAAGCGAGAGCCUUCAAGAAAGACUUAAGUUCCUCGAGGGACGCCUUGCUGAAGAAAAAGGUUGGAGGAAACAGCUGGAGGUGGAUCUAUCUGUAGCCAAGGCUGCUCUCAAUACGGAAAAAGAGGUCAUGCAAAGAGAUCAUGAGGAGCUUAAGAAAUUACGUGUGGAGGUCCAGAGACUUGAGGUGGAAUGUCGACAAGGAAAGACACUAAACAAGAACCUCACACAGAUUAAAGGAGAAAAGGGAAUUUUGGAAGAAAAGGUGGCCCAGCUGGAGCGUGCUCAGACACGACUCCAGGACAACCUGACCCUUCAGACAGAGAAAAUCCGGGCUGAAGAGGACCUGAGAGACAGCAGGGGACAGGUGGCAGAGCUUAAUUCUAUGGUGGACAAGCUGAGAACAGAACUAACUCGACUGGAGAAGGAGCACAACACUAUAAGAGAUGAGCUGAUGGAGAAACGCAGGCAUGUGAUGCAGCUACAGAAGGAGCUCAGCGAGAAAGCCCAGGAGAGGCUUCAGACUGACGGUGAGAGGGAGAGACUCAGUCUGGAGCUCCUGCAUGUCAAACAGCAGCUCCAGUAUGCUAGAGAGCAGAUGCCCAGUGCAUCACAGGAGCACACGGCCAACCACAAGCUUACUGUGGAGGAUGAUGGGCAUUGUCAGCUGACCUGUGUGAAGUCAGAGAUGAGUAAGCUUCACUCCACCCUGGAGGAAGAGAGACAGCUGGCUGGACAACACCAGCUGGCCCUGCAGGCCCAGAUCAGUGAAGCUCAGGCCUGGGCUAAGGCUCAAGACUCACUCCUACAACAGAAGGGAGACGAGAACAAACAGCUGAGACAGGACCUGCAGAGAACCCAGCAUCUUUUCACUUCUGCAGAGCGAGAGCUACGCUACGAGAGAGAGAAAAAUCUAGACCUUAAGAGACACAAUGCACUGCUAGAACAGGAGAAGAUCAAGCUGUGUGCAGAGCUGAAGCAGGCCAAGGCCAAAGUAGCCCAGCUGGAGGGGAGCGCAGCAGGACAUAUGGCAGAGCUGGAGAGACUCCAGCAGAGGGUCAGAGAUCUGGAGCUGGAGGUGGCCAGAAGCACUCAGAACCGGCAGACUAGCAGCAGCUUGAUGGAGGAGCUUAAUUCAGAGAGAGCGCGUGUGAUCGCUGCUGACAAGAAGGUUGUAGAACUGCAGCAGCAACUGAAGAACACGCUGCACCAGCUGCGUCUGGAGGAGGCCCGAGCGGGAGAGACCAGCAAACUGGAGAGAGACACCAGAGACAUGUCUGAUAACCUGUCCACCCUCCGAGCCCUACUGCAAGAGGAGCAACUACAGAGGAAAUUACUUGAGCAGAAAGAUGAGAAACUCCAGCAGCAGAUGCGCUCAUUGCGGGUGAAGGAGGCGACUCUAACACGCAACAACUCAGAGUUGUCUCAUCGCACACAAGAGCUGGAGACACGGCUGCAGGUGCUGGACAGUGAACUCAACACUGCUAGAGAAGAGCAGAGGAACAGUCAGAAGAGCUGCCACAGGCUGGAAGAACAGCUGCUGUCUUCCCAGCAUGAGUCUGAGAGACUGCAGGAGGAACUGAAACUGGUUGUUCAGCAGCUUGACACUAACAUCCGGAGAUACAACGAGAAACAGUCUCAGCACAAAACCAAGUUGCGCAGAGCUAAACAGAUCUUCAUGAAGACAGUCACCCAACAUGAGCACAGGAUCCAGCAGCUAGAGAACGAUCUGGCUCUUGCUACAAGUCUCUCAGAGAAAGAGAAGGACUGGAUUAGGACUGCGACAGAAGAAAACGACCAGCUCCUCCUGGAGAGACGAGAACUUCUACAGCGAAUAAGUGAAGCUGAGGAGAUGGGAAAUAAUGGACUGAGAACUGCCACUACUAUCCAGCAGAGAGUUAAAUUCCUGGAGAUGGAGAAUAAACAGUUGCAAGAAAAAACUCUAACACUGGCCAAUCAGAUAGGAAUUUUAGAUCGCGCGUUGAGAAACCUUCAGUCGCUGUGUACUGUUGAGGAGGUCAAGAAAAUGUUUCCUUCUGGAGCUCAUCCCGAUAGCCAGCUGCGGACAUCAACUCCAAGUCCCCAGCCUGGGCUCAGUGACUCAUGGGGAAUUUGGGAUGCCAUUCGCAAAGUCAAAGUGGGUGAGUCUGGAGUGAAGAGCCUGGAGAUCUCCUCGUCUGUGCCCGUUUCACAGUCCACUGAGAUAGGCUACCUGAACGUGACCUCACCUGUGGCUCCUAACAGCAGGUUAGAGCAGGAAGAGAGUCUCAGUGCCACCAGCGAUGAGGCCUGAGCGAGUUGCGAUGACUGUGAAAUGCCAUUACAAGGUUUGCCAAUCCGAAAAAGUCACUGGAUCAGUCAAGGCUUAAAAAUAAGUGAACUGUAAAUGGGUUAAAUGCAGACAAAUUGGCACUGUGUAAGGGUCUGUCAUGUUUGGUCUUCAGUUCAUUUCCUUACACUUUAAUUGAUUUUAAAGCGAAUGUGAAGAGCUGGGUUUUUGCCCAGGCUCAUAUCACCUGGGUUGAAUUCAGCAUUGAAUUGCAUUGCCUUUGUGGCUGGUCAGUCUAGAAGACCUGAACUUUUAUAUCAUUCAAAAACAUUACACUUCAUUGGAUGCUAUGGUCAGUAGCCUUGUCACAUCUAUAAGAUGCCAUAUGGAUUUUUAUACAUUUACCCCAUAAUGGUACAAACUGUGGUGGAGAAGCACUUAAAGCACUAUUAAUUUGAUGUUCAGAUGGUACAAUCUGCAGGUGUUUACAACUGAAAUGCACUAUUGCCUUUCGAGAAACGGUAUUUGAAAUCAAGUGUUUGUAGGUUUUUGUGAGAUUUGGUGUACUGUAAAUGUACAUGUCAGAACUCUUGCAUGUAUCAGUAGACCUUUUCUCAUUUUCUGUGCUGAUUUUGGGUGGAAAAAACCUGGUUAAAUAUUACAUGGAGCUCAGAUUACUACUCUUUGUAGAUAAAAGCAUUUACACUACUGUUCAAAGAUUUGGGGUUAGUAAGUUGUUUUUAAAGAAAUUAAUACUUUUAUUUAACAAGGACACAUUCAAUUGAUCAAAAGAACAUCUGAGAGGUGAUGUACUGUACUUUAUGGAUUAGUCUGCGUCUAGGUGCAGUGUAAAUUGGUCUUUAUAAGGCUAAAGUUGUGCCGAUAGACGAUGGUAUCGUGCAUCGACGAUAGUCAAAGAUAUCACCUGUGGCUGAUGCCUUUUACAAUAUCAAGAUGAUUAUAAUUAUUAUCUUAUUAAUAUUAGUGCAUAUUUGUUGUC